UUGGGGCUGGAAGCUCAUUGAAAGCAGCCACUGGUGGAGGCGGGGCUCCGGCCAGUUCCCCUUCCACCUCCCCCAACCCUCCUCUUCCAACCUGUUUGGCCCCUUGCUCUGUUCCAGCCAUUGCUGCAGCUGUUUCCCAGCCCUUUUCAAGACUCCAGCGACCGACCACAAGCCCUGGUUUCCAGGAUGGUGAUCCGUGUAUAUAUUGCAUCUUCUUCAGGCUCUACAGCGAUUAAGAAGAAACAGCAAGAUGUGCUUGGUUUCUUAGAAGCCAACAAAAUAGGAUUUGAAGAAAAAGAUAUUGCAGCUAAUGAAGAGAAUCGAAAGUGGAUGAGAGAAAAUGUACCUGAGAACAGUCGACCAGCCACAGGGUACCCCUUGCCACCUCAGAUUUUCAAUGAAAGCCAGUACCGCGGGGAUUAUGAUGCCUUCUUUGAAGCCCGAGAAAAUAAUGCAGUUUAUGCCUUUUUAGGCUUGACAGCACCACCUGGUUCAAAGGAAGCAAAAGCCCAGGAAAAGCAGCAGGAAUGAAUGCUACCUGUUCUCCCUUCAGCAUAUUGAAAAAUAAUGAAUAUCCAUUGCAUUUAAAAAAAAUCUUGGCUUUAAAAAAUAGGCUUAAAUGUUGAAAUAGUAGAGUAGUUGAUGUUCUUGCCUGCAAACAAGCAUAAUUAAAAUGUGAACAUGGUGGUGAGAAAAUGAGAGAUGAAGUUAAAACUUUAAGUAGAUAUCAUAGAGUAGUAUUAUCAUCUGCCAAGGCAUUUUAGGUUCUGUAAGGAUUUUGCCAAAAAUAUGCUCCUUUUUUUUAUAUUACUGUGUAGCUUAAGGAUAUCUUCAUUUCAACUUAAAGGAAUUAAAGCAGGAGAAAGAGAGAGAUCGAGACUCUUAUUCCAAAAUUGCCUCAUUAACUUUAGUGAACAUGAAUACUUUGAUGUGAUGUUACUGUUGUUGAAAUGUGUUUGCAGGUUAUGUUCAUGAUGUGUUAGACAUUAUAAUUUCCUAUGGUGAUUUUGGUAUUUUCAUUUUAUAGAAUAAAAUUUUAUGCCCUGGACCAUACGUUUUCCAGGCUUCUAAAUGUACCCUUUCAUUGCACAGUUAGUGACAGAUUCCUUGUUACUUAUACAGUUAUAACAUUAUCAUUUUUCUAAGUUGCUUGCCUCAGUAAAAUAUGGGUAUAUAAGUUACGGAAAAAGAUUGCAAUUAAUUUUCAAUUGGUCCUUCCUUGCAAAGAGCUCUGACUUUAAAUUAACCAUUAUGCAAGAUUUUGCCCCUCAUUGUUCAAGAUUUAUUUUCCUUUGAUGUUUGCUAAGAGAAAUCUUAGCGGCUCUUUUCUCCUGCUUUGACACUGCUGGUGAUUAUGAAUGCCACUGUCUCUUGAUAGGUGAGCUUUUUUUUUUCAGUUUAGGUAGAUUGUAUCAACAAAUCAGUUCAAGUAGAAAGAAUCUCUACCAUGCCUUGAUUUUGUGAGAAAGCACAAGUAUCAAAGAAUGAGAACAACCUUGAAAAUAUUUUGAAGAUAAGGAUGACCCAAAUCACUCAACCAGAAGAUAUUGAUAUUAUACCUUUGUCUUGUAUUACUUUAUUUUUCAAACACACAUCUUUGAUUUUAAAUUAUUGUAUGAUAUCUGCCUUUUGCUAGACUGAACUCUGAAAAAAAAUCCAACAUAUAAUGAAGGCAUUGCUGUGUUUACUGAAAUUCAAACUUGAUUUGAUACUUUAAAAUAAAUGUUUUAAAAAAUUAUCUGUUACUGGACUCUGAAUAAUAUACAGUAAUUUUGAUGAGUAAUUGUUUCUUUAUAGGUGUUUAGGAAGGGGAAAAACAAACCAAACCAAAAAAAAAAAAAACAAUUUGAAGACAAUUUCUCAAUUUUUUAGUGAUCUGAACUUUGAACAUUAAAUUAGAGUCAAAGCUACCUAUUCCUCUUAUUUUUUUUCCUUUUUCUUUUUACCAAAAAAAAAAAAAAAAUUCAGAGAACUCUAUGGAAAACAGUGCUUUCAAUGAAAUCUGGAGUAAGCAAAAUAAUUUCAGCCAAUAUUUUUUUUUUCUGAACAUUCCUAAAUGCUGCAGAUGAUACUAGCAAUAUUCAAUGUGAGAAAUUUAACUUUUGGUUUGUAUUAAAUAACACUGUUGGGACAGGCAUUAUUCAAAAAUAGAUGCAUGGAGGAUGUUUAUAUUUAUGGGAUAAUACCUUGAAAUCAAUUUAUCUAUAGCUUUAAAGUAAAAGUUUGGAUUGAGUUUUCUCAAAUUGAAGGCUUUAGAAGAAAGAAAAGAAAACAAAAUUCUGAGAAUUAAGUUGAGUUUUGAAAGAACUUUCAUAGCCUGGGGAAUAAAAUUCUUGCUGUUUUUUAUAAUAUGUUUGGAAUAUUUGUGUUUAUAAAACAGAUCAGAUAAUUUGUUAAUUUCUCAUUUUAGAGCUAAUUUGCCUUUUAGAAUUUUUGAUCUUCAGAAAGAGUUCCAUUUCCAAAAACACUAUAAAUUGUUAAUUGUAAUGUUAAAUGUGAACACUUCCUUGGGAACCUGAACACAGGUAAACAGAGAAUUUUGAAAUAAAGAUCGUUUUGAUUGGGAAAGACUAAGUACAAGGAGUUUUGGUGAAAUCAGACUGCAUUCUUUAAGUAAAAAGGUAAAAAAGUAUAAUUCUCAUGGAUAUUGUUAACCAGUUGUUGGUGUUUAAAAUAUACAAAGGAUGUCGUAUUCUAUGUAACACCUGUAAUUCUUUCCUUCUGAUGAAUUCCAAUAAAACCAAUUAAGUGA